UCAAUUAUUCUUCUUUUUUUUUCAGAAUAAAAAUCAAUGAACUGGAUCCAAUGACAGACGGAAGACCCACAUUGAGAAGAAGAUUAGGAUCUGAAUCCGAGAAAGCGACUGGUUCCGAAAGCUAUGUGAUUUCUUCUAAAUCUACUUUCAAAGUUACAGAAGAAGUUUCACCGGACCCUAGUCCCAACCCCAGAUUUUCAAAAACAAAUCUUCAGGCCGAUAUGGGAGGAAGUAGUCGAGACAGAACUCGGGAGUUUAACGAUACAGUUCGAUCUCUACAGGGGAGAACAGCUAAUGGUCAUGCUGGUUUUAGACCGGGAAGACCGGGAAGUCAGGCCUCACAUUUUAUGAAGAUUGCUAAGGCUAUCGGAUCCGAUAUAACGAAAACCUACACUAAACUUGAGAAACUAGCACUCCUAGCCAGGAAAAAGACGAUUUUUGACGAUAAACCUGUGGAGAUACAAGAGUUAACGUUUAUUAUUAAGGAAGACAUUGCUAACCUUAAUAAACAGAUUGCUCAGCUACAGCAGGUUGCAAAGGGUCAGCGGGAUGGACAAGGAAAGCAUCAGCAAUCACAUUCCACGAGUGUUGUCGUCUCUCUUCAGUCAAAACUGGCGGCCAUGUCGAAUAAUUUUAAACAGGUUUUAGAAGUAAGAAAUGAAAAUUUGAAAUCUCAGCGUAAUCGUGCCGAACAGUUUAGUAACGGCGGAGUAACGUCUUCUCUACCCCAGUCUGCUACGACGGGUUACCAUGCUGGCUCUGUUCUAGCAAUGGAAGACGAUAUUCAAGGCGGUGCUGUAUCUAUAGAUAUGGGAGGAGCAGUCCAGUCAUUCAUGCAGGAUGAGAGUGAUAAGUAUUACAGUUCUAGAGCGGAUACAAUGCAUACUAUUGAGAGUACUAUAGUGGAGCUAGGAGGAAUAUUUUCACAGUUGGCACACAUGGUGAAAGAACAAGAGGAGAUGGUUCAGAGAAUAGAUUCUAAUGUCGAGGAUACACUCUUUAAUGUUGAACUAGGACACAAUGAGAUACUUAAGUAUUUUCAGUCUGUGACUUCAAACCGAUGGUUGAUGGUGAAAAUCUUCGCAGUUCUUAUUUUCUUCUUCCUUCUCUUCGUCGUUUUUAUGGCGUAAACAUUAAACAAUCGUUAAUCGUAAUAUUUUUAUUGUAAUGCUAGGACCUGCAUUUAAACAUCGCUGACUCGGGAGAUUUCUAAAGAUUUUAAUUUAUAAUUACCCACUUCUGUGUUUCUCAAUGUAUAUUUUAUCUCAUCUGUUCUUCGGAAAAAUGGUUUGUUUACUGAUUAUUUUUCUUGGUUUCUGAAUUUACAAAUUCUAGACAAGUUCCAGCGGGUUUUUUAACUAUGCCACCCCCCCCCCUCUCUACAAACAUUUUUUUUCAUGUUUCCGUAACUCAAGUCGAGUAAAUUUUAGACAUUAUUAAAUUUUUCUAACGGAGGUGAUUGCAAAGUAUAUUUUAUUCAAGGUUAAAAUAGUUGAUUUUCUUAAAUUUAUCAGUCCAAAAAGUCAUUAAAAACGAAGACGUUAGCGAUAAAUCACUAAUUACAGAAUGCUUCUAUAAGCUGAAUAGCCUUACAGCGAACAGAUUUUAUUAAGAUGUUCCAAAUAUAAUUUGAAUAGGCUUGUUACAAACACUUGAGUAAUAUAUAGUGAGGAGUGAUGAGUAUAUCAAACGUACUCAUAAGAUAGACGAGGAAUAUCCUCUUUGUGCACUUGUUGGUGUGUUUUCACAUUGGUUAACGGUUUUCUUUUCAGUUCUUUUUAUUUUGGAAGAUUUUAAGAAAUUGUUAUGAAAUCGUGAAUGUACAAAUUGUACAUAUUCCCUGAACCCCUCUACUAUGAGGCCUAUUCAAUUUUUUAACACAGUGUGUAUAUUUCAUAAAAUUUAAUAUUUAUUUUAUUUUGGGAGGUUACCCAAAUUUAUCUGCCUCUGGAAGGGUCUGUUAGUGUUUAGAUAGAAAUAUAUUUUAUAAUCUUAUAAUAAAUUGUAUGUGCUAAACAUUAAUGCCAAAUAAAAAGGCCUGAGAAAGGGAAUUGCUUAGACAUUGGUAUAUUUUGGACAAGGACUGUUAUGUUUUAGCUUUCAGAAACAUCAUUAAAGUACUUUAAGCGCAAUUGGCCCUCUAUUCAAAGAUGGCAAUGUCCGAUUUACACUGGUACCCUUCAAUGAUGUUUUCCUUUAGUAGAAAUGCGCAAGUAACUUUUGAUGAGACAUAACCAUUUAGAAUUAUCACUCAAACUAUUUUCAAGUUUACUAAGUUUUAAAAUUAAUAUCUAAUUCAUGCCUGAUCAGACAAAGCUUUUAAGGGUACCGUUGUGAAUCGGGUAUCGCAGAAAGGUUCGGUUAAAAUUACGCUUACAGACUACAGUCCCUAUAAAGCUGUAACAUAUGCAGGCUUAGUGUUUCCGCAUUUUAAAAUGUGAAGUGUUCCAAAUAAUUAGCAUUUCUUUUAAGAUCAAUAUGAUAAAAGACGUAGCUUGAUUGAAUCCAUUUUUCUAAGCAAAAGCAUCCCAAAUCCCAUCUUGAUGUUUUUGUCUGGCUGGUAAAUGUAAUUGUAUCUGUUUACUAAUUUACUGUGAUAUAUUUAGAAAUGUUAAUGUUAAAACCCAAUUAAAUCCAAUUACUUUGUUCUGUGGUAACUUGGAAAUUGUGGAAGGAAUGUCGCCUGUUCCUAAAAAAUUGUUGAAAAUCUUAAAGUUCUCAAAAGUUUCAGAUUUAAGAAAGAGGACAAUAUGAAUUCCACUAUUUUCGUGUUUUAGUGUGUCUAAAAUUAUUGAAAUUUGGUGAAAAUGUGAUAAACCGACUUAAAUCUGAAAUCACUCAGACGCCAGUUAGGUCUCCUUCUUUUAUAGCUAUACUAAGUGAUAACUUUGUAAUUUAUAUAAAAAUACAGAUUUAUAUAUUUGUUUGAAAUUAUUACAUUAAAUACAUUAACAUAAACAACAA